UUAGUUAUGAAUUAGAUCUACAAAUAAUCAGAGAAUCAAAAGUGCAUUCAUUAUCAAAUUUUCAAAAAGAAGUAUGUCUUGUUGCAGAUGAGAUGCAUAUAAAAGAGGGGCUUGUAUAUGACAAAUUUACAGGUGACUUAAUAGGGUACAGCAACACGGGAGAUAUAAAUGAGCAUUUACUUCAACUUGAGAAACAAGUACACACAGAGCAGUCUGCAGAUGCAAGGCAACCACUAGCCACCUCAAUGUUGGUGCUCAUGGUUCGGGGAUUAUUUACCGAUUUCUCGUUUCCAUAUGCAUCAUUCCCAACAUCAAGCCUAACAGGGGACCAACUAGUUCCAAUAUUUUAUGAAGCUGUUCUUAGACUAGAAAAGUGUGGUUUUAGAGUCGCUUGUAAUACUUUAGAUGGAAAUUCUGUCAAUAGGAAGUUUUUUAAGAUAGUAGGAAAUAAUUCCAGCAAAAUUACUUACUACACAAAAAACCCAUGCUCGAUUGACAGAAAUAUAUACUUCAUAUCAGACCCCCCACACUUAAUCAAGACCACACGAAAUUGCUUGGCUAGUUCAAAAAGAAGCAUGAAGUUUAAUGACAAAGCUAUAUCGUGGAAAUUUGUAAAAGAGCUGUAUGAUAUUUCCCUGAAAUCUGAAGGAUUAACUUGCAUUCACAAGUUAAAGUAUGAACAUGUCAAUUUGACACCAUUUUCUAAGAUGAGGGUAGAUUUGGCGGCAGAGGUUCUUAGUUCAACAGUAAGUAAUGGUAUGAGGACGUUUUUAUCAGAUGAAGCAGAAGAAACAGCAAAUUUCAUUGAAAAGUUCGAUAAAUUCUUUGACAUGCUUAAUGUGUCAAACUAUUUGUCAACAUACAAGUCUCUAAAGCCAUUUAAAGCACCAUACAGAUGGUCCGCUGAUAAAAGGUUGCAAUGGUUGAAAGAUGAGUUCCUAGCAUGGAUAGAAGAAUGGGAGAAACAAGUAACAGAGAGAAAAGACAUCCCUGCUAAAGAGAGAAACAAAUUAAUUCUAAGUAAAGAAACACUACUGGGAAUUAAGAUAACAGCUUACUCAUUCAAUGACCUUCUGAAGUACCUAUUCACACUUCCUGAUGUAAAAUCAUUUCUCAGUGAAAAGCUAUGCCAGGACCCUUUGGAAAAACAUUUCGGUUUACAUCGUCAAAGAGGAAGGACAAAUGAAAACCCUACUUCUGCAGAGUUUCUAAAAAAUCAGCAAGCUCUGAGAGUUGUCAGCAGCAUUCGAUUAGAUGGUAUCAUUAAUGGUAAUACACGAGGAAAUAAGGAAGACACAAAUGUACCAACUGAUGGCGAGCCAUUACCCAAGAGAAGGAAACUUGUUAAGUCUUCCUCAACUGACACUCCAGCAGCCACAAGUCCAGUCUCACCUGAGAAGACAGAAAUAGAAAAUGUCCUGCAAAUGAUUAUUGAGAGCCCAGAAUCAAAGUUACCAUCAAUCUCAGUAACUAUGAUUAUUAAAGCUGCCAAGCAACUACUACUAUGGAGUUCAAACAAGGUCAAUGAACAAAAGAUGAAACAGUUCAAUCAAUAUCUCAUCACAUUCUUUAAGAUAUGGACAACUUUAACAGUCACAACCCAGUUUGUCCGAGAAGAAACUUGGAAAAGGUUUGCUUUGUUUGUCUCAUCAUCAGAAUAUAACACAUUUUGGGCAUCAGUCUAUAGCACAGUAGGCAUUACUCCAUGUCCCGCCAUUUUAUCUUUCGAAGUAACAUUUAGAAUGUUCACAGCUUAUUGGAAAAAACAAACACUAGCAAGAAUUUCAGCAACAGCAUCAACAGAUAGUUCAUCUCCUUCAUUAAGUUUUGACGAGCAAAAUGCACUGUGGUAUGUUGGUGGCUAUGUAAUCAGAAGAAUGAGAACAAAGAUUAAUAAGAAUAGUACGGCUAAGGAAAUGGAUAUGCUUCUGCCUUUGCUGGAUGAGUUAGUUGAAGAUCACGACGAGGAUAAUGGAGAUGGAGAAAGAGAAGACGAAGAAGAUAAUGAUAUGAAUAAGAGCUGGAUCAAUUGUAUCAAUAGAGGAGGACUUGUUUACUGCACCAAUGAGUUUCAUACGUUCCUGUACUCGUUAGAAAUUCAAGUGAAACUUUGUUGCAACUAUGGAAAAAACAAUGUUCAAAGUAUGGCAGAGAUGAUAGGUCAAAAGGAAGAGCUCAAAGAAAUAUGGGACAAAAUAUUUCAAGAAAAUCGUGACGCCGAUGCAGCAGCCGAGUGCCGCUCUCAAGGAAAAUCAUUCCUCUUGAAAGAAAUAAUAGCAAUUUAUAUAACAAUAAGAGGCUUCAGGCACACAUCAAGAAUAAUGGAAAUGUACAAAAAGGAUGAAAAGAAGAACUUACAAAAAAGGAAAAGCCUGAGAAGCACGCUUGCUGCUAGUGAAGAGUGAUUGAUAAUUAU